AUUUUUACAGAACAAGCUCUCUAACAUCUGGGACUUUUCGAUUAUAACUUCCCUCAGCAGGCAGAGAACAGCUCUGGAAGGGAUCAUACUCCUCACAGCUGCAGCUUGACCUUGGGUGAAAUAUUUCCUGUUAGCUUUGUGGCCGGUUUGACCUGGAUUGUUAUUUUAUUUAAUUAUUUAUUUUAAACUGGCUUUUUAGCUUUCUCAUGACAACCUUGCUUUGCUUCAAAGGAACCACAAACUCUGGGGAUGCAAUGGAUCCUUUAGAAAUGUCAAGGACACCGCAGUUGUAGAAAUCCUAAGGUCCUCUUUGUCUCUUCCUCUUCUUGAUUUUUCUUUCUCAAAGCAUCAUCCUAAGGGCACUCAGGGAGUGAAAAGCCAAGACCUGAAGCAACUUUCCUGCUCCACCGCGUUGCGCGUAACCAUGGAGACCACAGGCAGGAGCUGGGCCUUGGGGACCCGGAAGGCUUGGAGCCUGCAGUGAAUGGCGGAGGCCCUCCCUGCGCUCUCGCGGUGACCGCGCAGGGGUCGGAGCCGAGUCGCCCGCCACCCCGCGGCCACCAGCCGCACCUCCGCUUCUCCGGGCUCCGCCCCGCCGCGCGCCCCGGAACCCUGCUGAGGGCCCCGGGAGCGCGUGCUGCAGGCCGGGCGAGCAGAGCUGGCGGCGGCGGGACCCUCGGAGGCGGGCCGCGAAGCAUGGCGACGCGGGCCCGAGGCUUCUUGCUGCUCCGGGGUGGUCUGGGCCGAGGGCCUGCGAGGGUCCCGGGAGUCGCGGAGCGCGCGCGCCGGGGCUUCGGGAGUAGCGGCGUGAGACAUGAAGCCAUUAUCAUCUCAGGAACUGAAAUGGCCAAACAACUCCAAAAAGAAAUACAGCAAGGUGUGGAAUCAUGGAUUGCUCUUGGGAACAGGAGACCCCACCUCAGUAUCAUUUUAGUGGGAGAUAACCCAGCAAGCCACACCUACGUCCGGAAUAAGAUAAAAGCUGCGUCCGCUGUAGGUAUCUGCAGUGAGCUCAUUCUAAAGCCCCAGAGCGUUUCUCAGGAGGAACUUUUGGAUAUCACUGAUCAGCUGAACAUGGACCCAAGAGUCAGUGGUAUAUUAGUUCAACUACCACUUCCAGACCAUGUGGAUGAAAGAACAAUAUGCAAUGGAAUCACCCCAGAAAAAGAUGUAGAUGGAUUUCAUAUUAUCAAUAUUGGAAGACUGUGCCUUGAUCAGCAUUCUCUGAUACCUGCCACUGCCGGUGCUGUUUGGGAAAUAAUAAAGAGAACAGGAAUUGAAACAUUUGGGAAAAACGUGGUUGUAGCGGGAAGAUCCAAGAACGUGGGCAUGCCGAUCGCCAUGCUACUGCACACGGAUGGAGAGCAUGAGCGCCCUGGAGGUGACGCAACGGUGACAAUAGCUCACAGAUACACUCCCAGAGAACAACUGAAGGUCCAUACCCAGCUGGCAGAUAUUGUCAUCGUGGCUGCAGGUAUUCCCAGGUUGAUUACGGCUGACAUGGUUAGAGAAGGCGCAGCAGUGAUUGAUGUGGGCAUCAACUAUGUUCAAGAUCCUCUGACAGGAAAGACUAAGCUAGUUGGAGAUGUGGACUUUGAAGCUGUUAAGAAGAAAGCCAGCUAUAUCACUCCAGUGCCAGGAGGUGUGGGACCCAUGACCGUGGCCAUGCUUCUGAAGAACACACUUCUGGCUGCCAAGAGCAUCAUUUACUAGGUCACACAGGAGAAUACAAAAAAAUGAAUAGUGCUGCUUAUUUAUUUGACAACAGGCAAAAUUCUUUCUAUUUUACUACAAAGCUAUUUAUUUCUACAUUGUAUUUAUUUUUUCAUCAGUAGAAUCAUUGUAGAACUGAUUAUUUACACAAUUCUAUGGAUUUCUUGCUAAUAGAUUUUGAGUUUUUAGAAAAAACAAAACAAUUACAAUGAUAAUUUUGGUAACAGUUCUUUAUUUUAUGGAUAUUUGUUCAUAAUGUUAAAACAAAUGAAGAAUUCAUAUUUAGUAAAUAUAUUUUUGACAUAACCUAAAUAUCACAUACAGUAUGUUUUCAAUAACUGUUUUGCCAACCAAAUGGGUGCCAUGUAAACUGUAAUUUGUUAUAACUGUGAUUUUUUAAUAUAGUUCAUAUUCUAGGUUAUCUGUUGAAAAAGAGCUCAUUUGUUAAGAGGAAGAUAGAAUGUUGAAAAUGAAGUCUUAAUUUCAGUUAUCUCCUGGCAUAUCAUAAGGCAAUCCUAUGGAAAAACUGAUGUUUAUUUAAUAAAUAAAAACUAUUUAGGCAAAAACUGUUAUGCUACUUGGAAACCUGAAAAAUGAUUACUUGGUGUAGUAGAAGGGCAUGGGUGUUAGGCUCCCACAUUAUCUAUUUCACUGGUGCAGUAUAAGACUAUGUGGUUUCCAUAUUGUUCAUUUCACUUCACUGAUGAUAACAGAAAAAUCUCAUAACAAAUGAGUGUACAAAGUCAAACGAAAGUAAUUUCCCCACAAAUAUCAACCAAAUACAAUGCUGAUGCUGCAUGUAUGAAUCUGUCAUUAAAGAACUGUGAUAUAUUUAUUCACAGGAGCAGAAAUCUGAUAGAAAUAUAAUGCUUUUUCAUUUUGUUAAAAUUGAUCCUUGAGAUAUAACUAAAAGCUAGUCUUUAUGCACACAUUUCUUCUCUUUUCUAGGAUAGUGUUUGGUUACUAACACAGAUGCUAUGUUUCUAAUUCAAUUCAAAUUGGGAAAUCUGUGUGACUGUUAAUUAAAGGCUAUUGAAUGACUAGAUCCAUAUAAUUGGUACUAAGGUUUCAUACCCAGAUCCCAGUAUAUUUAUGUACUAAUAAUGGUCCUUGUUCAUUGCAUGGUUUUUAUUGGUGUGCCUCUUGAUCCUUUUUGUGAAAAUAGACUAGCGGUUUAUAAUAAUAUUUCAAUUGUCCAAUAAAAGCAAUUUGAAGAAGAA